UUUAUUUCUCUUUCCCACAUUCGAUGUAUGGUACCCAUUAUGUGAACCACGCUAACAUUAAAAGCCGCCCCCACUAUUUAUUCAACAUUUUCUUCAACAUUUUACCUUAUUCUUCAUUUUACCUACCAUCCUCUUAGUCCUUUUUCUUUCAAGCAAAUAGUGAAAAAACCUAUAAUCUAAAUUUGGUUUGAUUUAAACUAUACUAUGGAGAACAAUUAUUCCAUGUUAUUUCCUUGUCCUCCUUCAUCAAGCUACCAAAUUCCAACGAGUGGUUUGAAUGGUCAAAGCUCAAAUGCAUUUCUUGGUUUGAAACCUACUAAUAAUGAAAUUAGUGUUACUCAUGAUGACCAUGAAGAUGUUAAAGGAGAAGAAGGAAGUGUUAAUGUUAUUAUUGAUCAACAAGAUGUUAAAAAGAAAGGUGAGAAAAAGGCUAAAAAGCCUAAAUAUGCUUUUCAAACUAGGAGUCAAGUUGAUAUACUUGAUGAUGGUUAUAGAUGGAGGAAAUAUGGCCAAAAAGCUGUUAAAAACAACAAAUUUCCCAGGAGCUACUAUAGGUGCACACAUCAAGGGUGCAAUGUAAAGAAACAAGUGCAACGGUUAACCAAAGAUGAGGGAGUUGUGGUGACAACAUAUGAAGGAGUGCAUACUCACCCUAUUGAGAAAACAACUGAUAACUUUGAGCAUAUUUUGAGUCAGAUGCAAAUAUACACUCCAUUCUAAAUCUUCAUAUAAUCAAUUGGAUCAAUUUGAAGAAACUAGCACAUGAACUUCUUACAUGCCAUGUUAAUUAGAUCAAUUUGAGGCUCUUAGUUUAGUUCCUCCUUUGAUACAAAAAUAAAAUUGUGUCAAUAUCUUAAAUUUUUAGACAA